AUGGAGAUUAAAGACUCCUCAAGUAGUGCACCCAACGACUCUUCGACUGGUACGGAACCAGAUAUUCCUAGCAAUACGGAAACACGCAGCUCACAGCUACACCCAAAAGAGUCGCCACCACCUAGACCAGCCCCAGGCUACACCUUUGACGGCCAAACAGGAUGGGAGAAAUUCAGACUUCUGCGGCCAGGUUGGGGGAUGUACCACGACGUCCGACGCCGCCUCCCAUUCUAUCGGAGUGACAUUACAGACGCCUUCACGUAUCGUACUAUCGCCAGUACUAUACGACCUAAUCUUUACAAAAGCCUUCUCCCUGCGUUAGCAUAUACCCUCGACAUGGACCGGCGACCAAACGGCUUCUACGGGGUCAACGAAUCACUCUUCUCAUCUGCCUUGGCGGCCAUGGUAUUCAGCACCAUCAGCGCGCAACCAUUAACCAUCGUAGGUAUCACAGGACUCAUUUCCUUAUUCAAUUACACGAUCUACGAUAUCAUCGAGAUAUACGACGUAACGCUCUACCCCAGAUUCAUGUGCUGGACUGCGAUAUGGGCGGCCAUUUUCCACUGGGUUGUUGCGUUUGGGAAUUUAUGCGAUUAUAUGCGGUAUGUGACGGAUUUCUCGAGUGAGGUUUUUGGGAUGUAUGUUGGGAUUAUUUAUAUGAUCAAGGGAGUUGAAGAGCUGGUCAGCUUAUUCGAUUCUUACGGGGUCGUCGAUGGAUACUUGAGUUGCGUAAUAGCAAUUCUUUAUUUUGCAACCGUCUACGCCUUGGAGAAACUCGGUAAUGGUGUCCUCGCAAAGCCAUGGGCUCGAGGUUUGCUCGCUGAUUACGCUUACCCAAUUGCCACGUUAUUUUGGGUCGGCUUUUCACACAUCCCAGGAACGCUCAAAAGAUCGAAUAUCAGCACACUGCCCAUCACUCGAGCCUUUUACCCAACGCAGCAGCGUAGUUGGCUGAUCGAGUUCUGGACGCUCGAUGUGAAAUGGAUCUUCGUCGCGAUGCCGUUUGGAUUUUUAGUCAUGCUCCUCUUUUACUAUGAUCAUAACGUCAGUUGCUUAACUGCUCAAGCUAAACAAUAUCCUCUCAAGAAACCUGGUGGUUUCCACUGGGACUUCUUUCUCCUGGGAUGCACAACAUUCAUUGCGGGAAUUCUGGGAAUUCCUUUACCAAAUGGUCUAGUUCCUCAGGCGCCAGUGCAUACCGAUUCCCUAACCGUAUACGAGACGGAGCUUCGAGUAAUCGCUACCGAGGAAGGGGAAGGCAACGAAAUCCGCCGCCCUAUAGUCAAAGCAUCAAAGGUUGUUGAGCAACGCGUGUCGCACUUUCUAAUGGGCUUGGGUAUUAUCGGAACGAUGACCGGUCCUCUUUUGAUAGUCCUACACACGAUGCCACGUGCAAUCUUCUCAGGGGUUUUCUUCGUCGUUGGGUGGGGUUCCAUUGAAAGCAAUGGCAUUACGAAGAAACUACUCUUCCUCCUCAGUGAACGUCGCUUCAUCCAGAGCAAUGAUCCCCUGCUUCAGAUUCCUCGAAGCAAAAUAUGGCUCUAUCUCUUUUGCCAAAUGAUUGGCGUGGCGCUGCCGGUUGCAAUUUCACAAACUAUAGCAGCAAUCGGCUUCCCUGUUCUAGUCUGUAUCCUCAUUCCGUUUCGCUGGGUCCUGAUGCCAAAGUUCUUUUCUUUGAAAGAGCUUCAAGUCAUGGACGACUUGACUGCUACAAAUGAAGUUGUUCUCGCCAGCUUGGGUGGUGCGCCUAAGAUUGCAGAUACGUCCAGCACAGAAGGUUUCGGUCUAGAACGUGAGUUUAGUGAAAGGAGAUCAGGGGUACCGAGACAGAGAGUUGGCAGCUUUCACCGUUAA